UGCUAUUGCAUGAAAACUGUUUGAGAUGGCGAUCCCACAAAGAAGUUUGCUCAAAAUCAUCCUCCUCGGCGAUAGCGGGGUGGGAAAGACAUCUUUGAUGAAUCAAUAUGCAUACAAAGUAUUUCGAACACAGUACAAAACAACGAUUGGCGCUGAUUUUAUCACCAAAGAACUACUGAUUGAUGAUAAACUGGUCACUUUACAAAUAUGGGAUACAGCAGGCCAAGAAAGGUUUCAAAGCUUAGGAGUUGCAUUUUAUAGAGGGGCAGAUUGCUGCAUUCUUGUGUAUGAUGUUAAUGUACAAAAAUCGUUUGAAACACUUCAAAAUUGGCAUGAAGGAUUUCUCAAACAGGUACACCCUGCAAACCCUGAGAAUUUCCCCUUUGUGCUGAUCGGGAACAAGGUGGACGUCGAUGGUGGAAAUAGUCGCGCGGUCUCUGAGAAAACGGCUAGAGAAUGGUGUGUGUCCAAGGGAAACAUACCCUACUUUGAAACCUCAGCUAAAGAAAAUUACAAUGUAGAUGCUGCAUUUUUGUGUGUUGCUGAAACUGCACUUUCCAGCGAGCCAGUAAACAUAUGGGAGAUGGAUGAAGAGAUGCCCUCCCAUUGUGAUCUCCAACGAAUACCGGAGUCCAUUUCUGGAACUGAGCACCGAGGAGGCUGUGCAUGCUGAAAUCAGGCAAUCAAACAUUUGGAAUUUCAAUCUAAUCUAUUCAUUUAAUUCUUAAUAUUUUUCAAAUUUUUUUUUUUUUUAAAUUUAGUUUUCAAUUUCAAAUCAGGUAUUAUCCCUUAAUGUUGUUGCCCAACUAGAAAAAUAAGGAAAAAAAGUUUGAGAAAACAUUUGUUAGAUAUUGUACACAAUUUAAAUGCUAAAUUAAAGGACAGUGUGUAUUUUUAA